AAAACGCCGCAGCGUGCACAGCAUUCGUCGUCACUUUGGCGAAGGGCGACAGCACGCUCGUAUUCGACCACCGCGACCAACAUGUCCCCAGUCAAUAAUGCAGCGAUUGGCUGGCGACCAGUUCAGGGUGUAGCCCGCCUCCAGCCCGAUGAUAGCUGGGAUGCACGCCCGCGACCCUUGUGAGGAGAAGCAGCUCAGAAAACGGAUGGAUGGAAAUUUAACGAGUUACUACCCACCUCAUUAUUAUGGUCCCAAUAUGUAUAUGAAAUAUAAUUAUACAUAUAAAAAAUACACCAUCCAAAGAUGUACAAAUAAUCCAUCAGCAUGUACAGAUGAAUUGUGUCUUGCAUGCAAAUGCAAAGACCUCAGAGAGUCUUAAGAAGAAUUGAAGUCAGCUCUUCUGUGCGCUUUGGCACUUGUCUUUCUGCAGCAAAACCAGGCCUCACACGUGCAUCCCCGAUGUGAGAAAACUCUCCGUUCCCCCAAACAUUCUACACAUUUCUUACUCUCAAACGAUCCAGACUUUUCUUCUGCAGUUGCUAUUGAGCCACCGCACGGAUGAAUGAUGGUUUUGUCACAUUUAUUCAUGACCCGACUUAAGCAGAAGAAUUUUUCCUGGUUGGAGCUUUUCAGACAUGGACGCGUGACUCUCCUUGCACAUACGCAUAUUUCCCCCAUCACCAAUCGACUGUAUACUGGCGUCGACGUGCUAACGUGACGUGUGCGCAGCAGAUGAGCUUCAGCGAGGAACCGCUACAGGACUGAAGGGUUUGGAGACCAUCGCUCCUCUGGUCCGCUCUGUGGAGGAGACCCCAGAUCCGAUCCCCGCUGAGCUACGAGGGACUAUUCCCCCUUGGAUCAAUGGCAGCCUGCUCCGAAACGGCCCAGCAAAGUUUGAGUUUGGACACACUCACUACAACCACUGGUUUGACGGGAUGGCUCUGCUGCACAAGUUUAAGAUGGAGGAAGGCCAGGUGACGUACACGAGCCGCUUCCUGCGCAGCGACGCGUACAACAAGAAUAGCGAGCGGGACCGUAUCGUGGUCUCAGAAUUCGGUACCAUCGCAAUGCCCGACCCUUGUAAGAACAUCUUUCAGCGAUUCUUCUCCCACUUUGAGACCAUAAAGCCAACAGACAACGGCAACGUCAACUUCAUGAAAUACAAGCGAGACUACUACGUCAGCACAGAGAGCGACUUGAUGCACAAAGUAAACCCAGACAACCUAGAAACCGUGGAACAGGUUGACUGGAGCAAGUUCGUUGCUGUUAACGGAGCCACCGCCCACCCUCACUACGACCCCGAUGGUACCUGCUUCAAUAUGGGCAACUCCUAUGGAAGUCAAGGAAGCGCGUACAACAUCAUUUGUGUACCUCCUGAGAAGUCAAAUGCUGAAGACACCCUGCAAGGAGCCAAAAUUCUCUGUUCCAUUGCGCCUGCAAACAAGUUCCACCCCUCCUACUACCACAGCUUCGCCAUGUCGGAGAACUACGUGGUGUUCAUUGAGCAGCCGAGUAAAAUAGACCUGAUGAAGAUAGUCACGUGUAAGAUGAGGGGCAAGGCGUUCCGGGAUGCCAUUUACUGGGACCCCAAGCUUGAAACCAUCCUGCAUCUUAUCGACAAACGUACAGGCGAGGCCAGCCCAGUGAAGUACUACGCCAAAGCUUGCUUCAACUUCCAUCAGAUCAACGCCUUUGAAGAGGAUGGGUUCUUGAUGCUGGACCUGUGUUGUUUUGACGACGGCCAAGCCCUCGACAUCUACUCCCUUCAGAAUUUACGCAAGUCGGGAGAAGCGCUAGACGAGGUGUACAACAGCACAAGCAGAGCGUUUCCUCGUCGCUUUGUUUUGCCUCUUCACGUGACCGAUGACACGCCGGCCGACCAAAAUCUGAACACUCGUCCUUCCGGCACAGCGACAUGCGUCAAAAACAGCAGCACCAGGGUGUUCUGCCACCACGAAGAUCUCCACGGCGAUGACCUCUACCGGUACGGAGGCCUGGAGUUCCCGCACAUCAACUACGAGCGAUACAACACGAGGCCUUAUCGUUAUUUCUACGGGUGCGGCUUCAGACACCUGUUCGGAGACUCACUUCUCAAGAUGGACCUCAACGACAAGACGUUGAAGUUCGCCAGGCUCUGUUUACUAUUACCGGUCAUCGCUGCUUUCAGAAAGCUACCAUUAAUGCCCAUGCGACCUCAGGUCUGGCACCAGAAGGGUCUCUUCCCAUCGGAGCCGGCGUUUGUGCCCUCACCGGACGCCGUGGAGGAGGACGACGGCGUCAUCCUCUCGGUGGUUCUCUCGCCCUCGCGGGAUAAAGGCACAUUCCUCCUGGUUUUGAAUGCCAAGACGUUCGAAGAGUUGGGAAGAGCCAAUGUGCCUGUCAACAUGCCCUAUGGCCUACAUGGUGUCUUCAAUGCAACUGCUUCAAUGAAUUGAAAAUAGCUUUCCUCAACAAUCAUAUAAUAAUAAUAUUCAUCCAAGAACACUAGCGGCACAUAAGUAAGCUGACUUAUCGCUUCUGUGAUGAUGAGACUGGACUGAUUUUCUGCUGUAUGCGUUCCUCAACUUGUGUAUGGGCACAAAACUGCUAAUUACGAUGAAAGCCAUCUUCAUAUUAAAUGUUUUUAUAAUCAAUAUCA